CCCACGCUGUGCACUAGGGAAGCCUGAAUCUGUGGAAGUCCUGAUCAGAGUCCCCUGUCUGCUGAGAGCCGAGCCUAACAGCUCUGUGCUCAGUUAAACCCAGCCCAGCCUUGCUCAGCAAAUAUCUCUGCAUGACAACAAGAAGGUGAAGCCCUGCUUACUGGAGGCACACUGGAAGAGGAUUUUCCUCCAGCCUGUGGACAUUUGCCAAUAGUGGUGAAGAAAGGGAUGCUGCUUCUUUAUGAACACAGGGGUAUUAUGAAAAUGGAAGCUAUGUGGUGAUGCCUUUAAGGAAAGUAAAGCUUCAAACUUAGAUCUUGUGUGUUUUGGUCAAUUUUUGGUAAAAAAAAAAAGCUUUGUGAUAUUUCUUUCCAUACUUUCAACGUCCUGUCAGAUGACUCUCCACUGGAGCAGAAUGCUUGCAGCAAAUUGCUUUGGAAGAAAAACAAGACCUUUGCCAGACACUUUACAAGUAUUUUCAUUUUUUCACCAUGUACAAAGGAAGUGAAAAGUGCAGUCAACCUAAAUGUGCACAAUGCACAUCAAAGAGGAAGAGUUUCCAUCAGCUAUUAACAAGAGAUCGACCAGCUAAUUGACUCUUUUUUUACCAAGACUGAGAGACCAUCCACCCACCCAUCCAUCUGGCUAUAAUGGAGCUACGAGGGACCCGUGGGACAAUGGGCCUGGACUCGAGGGUUCAGGGGUUGGGGUUUGGCAUGCCAGCCAUCGGGGUUCCAGCCAGCUCCAUAUUAACGGCAGUGCAGCAUCAGGAAUACUCAGCCGCCGUCUGGCUUCGCAGGAAGGACAAACUGGAACAUUCUCAGCAGAAGUGCAUUAUGAUCUUCGCCUUGGUGUGCUGCUUUGCCGUACUGAUGGCGUUGAUUUUCUCAGCGGUGGACUUUUGGGGCGAGGAUGAAGAUGGGAUCACAGAGGAGAACUGUAGCAGGAACUGCAGAGUAGUUCUUGUGGAGAACAUCCCAGAAGACAUCUCCUUCAUGGACAAUGGAACAUCCCACCUCCCUCUCUCAGUGGGGCUGUACAACUUACUGGACCGCGCCAUCCGGGUUGUAGAGAUAGUUUCCCCGCUGUGGCUCCUCAACUCCUCUGACUAUGAAUCCAGCUUCCAGCCCGCUGCUAGACAGGGCAGGGCUCUGUUGUCUAGGCUGCAAGGGCUGAAAGCUAAAGGAAUCCAGCUGAAGAUCUCCAGCGGGAUGAUCGACUCGACUGAGCUUGGGAUGCUCGCCAAACACAAUGCUGAAGUCCACUAUGUGAACAUGACAGCGCUGACCAAAGGUCAACUCCACUCCUCCUUCUGGGUGGUCGACAGAAAACAUUUCUACAUCGGCAGCGCCAGCAUGGACUGGAGAUCCCUUGCCACUAGGAAGGAGCUGGGUGUGUUGGUGUAUGACUGCAGCUGUCUGGCUCUGGACCUCCACAGAGUGUUCAGCCUCUACUGGGGGCUCCAGUAUAGAGACUUCAUCCCCUCCUUCUGGUCCAAGCGCCUUUUUGCCCUCUUCAACAGGGACACACCACUGGAGUUCACUCUCAACAGCACAAAGGCUCAGGCCUACGUCUCGAGCUCCCCAGAUGUGUUCAUCCCUAAAGAUCGCAGCAGUGAUCUUGAAGCCAUUUCCAGGAUCAUCCAGGAGGCCCGCCACUUCAUAUAUAUCUCUAUAAUCGAUUACCUGCCCCUCCUCAGCCGCAACGCUCACAGGUACUGGUCCCGUAUUGACGGUCUUAUCCGGGAGGCUCUGAUCCUGAGAAAAGUCCGGGUCCGUCUCCUGAUUAGUUGCUGGGAAAAGACUCAUCCACUUACUUUCAACUUCAUCUGGUCCCUGAGGAGUCUGUGCAUGGAGCAGGCCAACUGCUCAAUGGAAGCUAAGAUUUUCAACGGCAGAGUCCAGAGGGAUGGCAGUCUCCAGGGAAUAAACCACAACAGGUUUAUGGUGACAGACAGAUCCAUUUAUUUAGGUAACCUUGACUGGGUGGGGAAUGAGUUUAGCUUUAAUGCAGGAGCAGGACUCGUGAUCAGUCAGCCAGAGGGCAUCGAGGAGAGGAACUCCACAGUGGUGGAGCAGCUACGGGCUGCAUUCGAGAGGGACUGGUUUUCACGUUACACCCGCUCCCUGCAGGCCAAUAAGAUCCCUGUCUGCAACAAGCCCCAGAUCAAAAGGCUGGUGCCAUUCAAAACUAACCACUUAGACAAUGGACCAGUGAUUAUGAGACCAGGCCAGCACGAUAUCAAACCUGUACCAAUGAGACACAAUCACAAGGAUGAUGGACAGAAGGCAGUUAAAACCAAGUACACUGAUGACAGACUAAGCAAAGUUAGUCGCCAAGGCAAGGCCAAUGGACUGGUGCCAAUUAUAGACAGUUACCAAGAGAGGGGACGAGUCGAAAUGAGUCACCUUGAUAACAGACAGGUAGAAAUCAAAGGUAAUUACGAUGACAAUCCAAAGGAACCAUCCAGUCUGUCAGCUGAGAGCAGCGGCAGCCGAGAGCUCUUUAACAGGUCCCUGUGACCACAGAGCUUGAUGUGUUUGCUUUCACUGAAUGAUGAGAACUACUCUCUUUCAGUAGCAAUGGACUUAACAAACUGGGUCUUUGUAGCAUCUUGUUGAUGCCAUUUUGAAGAAAACAAAAACUUUUAAGAUUUAAGUAAUAACUGGUUUGAAUAAAUUACCUGGUACUUGAUCGUGUUCAUGGAAGAACUCAGGAAGGAAAGUGAACGCUCCACUGCAGCCUGGCACUUUUGAUGGAUUUUUUUUAGGAAUGAAACCAAAACAUUUUGAUUUGGAAGCAACAUCGAUUUAUACACUGUAAUAAUAACUUACAACCUUACUACUAAUGUAAGUUUUUUUUCUCUCCUUGUUGAGAUCUUGUCAAACUAACAAAAUCUUGCAAUCUUAUUGAUUGCCUUAUUAUUGUGUCACUUUAGAUGUUUGUCAUAAUUGAUCACCCUUUAAAAGGGAGAACUCACGCCUGCAUGCCUAUGCAGAGAUGGAAAGCAGAGCAGCACAUGUAGCUACACUAGCAACAUUUAUCAUUAAAGAUGCACUCCAAAGUAGCGGAAGACUUACAACAUAGCUUUACUUUACAUGUUGUGUAAAGUCAAAAUUGCAAUUUAAUUUCCACUCACAAGAACACAAUAACAAUAACAUUGCCAUUAGUCCUGCAAUAGAAACAACCACAUGACUAAUUUAGAGUGCUGACCCACAGUUCAGGAGCUGAUCAAAUCAUGUCCACAAUGUUUUAAUCUCAAUAUCUAAGAUGUAAAGUAUUCUUACAAAUGCUAUGUUGUGUUUUAUUGGACAAAAGGAGCAGUUCACUUAGAAGAAGGGGCCAGAGGGUCUCUGCUGUCAAAUCAAUACAAUGAAUUUUUAACAGAGCUUGACAGUUGCAGUUGCAGCAGUUUAACCUCAAGGACACUGUUUCCUGUAAUGGCAUGCCUGUGACUGAAUAUAUAUUAUCUUUACUGUGUGGAGCUAAAUAGAUGUGAUUGCUAGUAAAGAGCAAUUAAUUUACUUUUGACUAAAAGCUAAAUAAUAAACAUUCCUUUGCAUUUUGAAUGAUUGCAUGUCGGUUUAAGACCUUUACACACUAUUUGCUGUAAGUUUAUAAUGUAGGAUAAUUUUAACUUCCAGGCCAUAAAUCAAGAAAACACAAAAACAUUUCCAGAGAAAGGCACAUAGUGAUGUCUUCAUCACCAAUUCCCAGGGUCUCAAUGAGUGCUUUCUCUGAGUUUACUGAGCAGGAAGAAUAAUUGCACACAUUAUUUCUGCCAGAAAACUAAAUUUGUGGUGAGAAUGCAUAGAAGGUUUAGCUGUAACCAUAAAGAAUCAGGCAGUCAUGUGUACUAAAAUUAUAUAUCACUUGAUUUUUGGUGGAUACCAUUUGAUGGUAUUCUGUUUCUGUAUUUGUGCCUGCUUUUUUUUUGUAAUACAGGUCAAAUCAAGCCACAAAACAGACUUAGACCGGUCUUGCAGUGAGUCAUAACAGAUAUUGACACACAGCGCUUGACAAUUGUAUUCUGGUCAUAAUGGAUAACUCCUGCCAUCUAGAGGAUGUCUUGAGAAAGAAUAUUUCUUUUCACACUUGCAAAUUGACAUGAUAGUUGUUGUUUUUUAAAUCAGUCUUGAUGAAGAAUACAUGUUUGUUCAAAUCUACCGUUUAUGUGCCAAUUCUUAUCAAAUGUAUAAAAGGCAGCAACAUGGGACUGUUAGUGGUUUUUACUGCAAACAUUUGAAGUGAAAUGCUAUCAUAUGAUAUGGUGAUACUAUAUUUUUCGCACAGUAAUGUAUGACGUUUAUAGUAUUCAAAUAUAAAUCAAAAUAAUGUAAUAACAGUUCCAUGUUUAAUUUUAACAUGCAUCAAACAAAAAACGACUUUAUCUUAUGCUGUAUGUGCCCUAACCAGUCUCUGUUUGCGCAAGACACAAGCAUUAAGUCAUCCAAAAACUGAAUCUUUUGUGAAAUAUUAUAUAUGAAGCACACAAUCAACAAUAUGAAGAACACAAUCAUCUAUUUAAUUUGUAGAACCGUUUCUCCACACAGAGUGUAUAGAACUUUAUCUAAAUAAUAAUGUCCACAUGUUUUCAUGUGAAGCACCACUUCAGCUUACUGUAUUGCUUGUAAGCUGACAGCUGGUCAGACUCAGUACUUCAUGCUGCUAUUAUCUAUGAUUGUUACAUUGGGGGCAGGAAUGUUGCUAAUGUACGCUGUACCCAAAGCCUUGUGUUUAGUUGUUCUUUAACUAUUUUGAUAAUUCAAAACAGUGACUAUUUUCCAGUUAGUGGGGACCAGGACUACACCUUUAAUCAGCAACAGUUUACAAUCUGCUACAUGCAAAUUACAUAAUCCAAGUAAACGCAUUAGGAAUGUUUCUGUGUCACCUGUCCGUCUCUCCAUUCCUAUAGUAAUCUUGAGCAAUGUUCACUGAAUCCUCUGUGAAAAUUACUGUUUUCCUGAAGUCAGAAGGGUAGAUGGGUUUGAGGUAGCUGCAAAGUUGAACAGACGGAAGCACUGCUACUAUUUAAAUGCUCACUGUAAAAGUGUUUUAAUGUCGCCUACCUUUAUUCUAUUGAACUGUUUCGGCAUGACUGCUGCUUGCAUGCCCUGCCUUUAUGAACUGUUCACAGUAGCUAUGAACCUUUCUAGAGAUAAUGAUAACAAUGAAAGCGUAUACCUUUAAAAAAAAAUACAGAAGGAAUGUAUAUUUAUUGAUUACUCUUGUUAAUGCACACUACUGAAUUAUAUGACUGCUAUGUUUUUACUCUUAAUAAAAAAAUGAGUACUCUUA